GUGGAAAAGGCAGAGUAAUUAUAGCCUACGUCACUGUGGAAAAGGCAGAAUAAUUAUAGCCUACGUCACUGUGGAAGAGGCAGAGUAAUUAUAGCCUACGUCACUGUGGAAAAGGCAGAGUAAUUAUAGCCUACGUCACUGUGGAAAAGGCAGAGUAAUUAUAGCCUACGUCACUGUGGAAAAGGCAGAGUAAUUAUAGCCUACGUCACUGUGGAAAAUGCAGAGUAAUUAUAGCCUACGUCACUGUGGAAAAGGGGUUUAAUUGGAUGUUGAUAUGAGUUUCAGUUUGCUUCCAUACAGUGGUGGGGAAAACUAUCCAAGUAGUGUAACCAGGCAUACAGACAGACAGGCAAACACAGACAGGCAGGCAAACAGACAGGCAAACACAGGCAGACAGACAGGCAGGCAAACACAGACAGACAGGCAAACACAGGCAGACAGACAGGCAGGCAAACACAGGCAAACACAGGCAGACAGACAGACAGGCAAACACAGGCAAACACAGACAGGCAGACACACAGGCAGACAGGCAAACACAGGCAGACAGACAGGCAGGCAAACACAGGCAUACAGACAGACAGGCAAACACAGGCAGACAGGCAGGCAGGCAAACACAGGCAUACAGACAGGCAGGCAAACACAGGCAGACAGACAGGCAGGCAAACAGACAGACAGACAGACAGACAGACAAACACAGACAGACAGACAGGCAGGCAAACACAGGCAGACAGACAGGCAAACACAGGCAGGCAGACAGGCAAACAGACAGACAGGCAGGCAAACACACAGGCAGACAGACAGGCAGGCAAACACAGGCAGACAGACAGGCAAACAAACACAGGCAGACAGACAGGUAGGCAAACACAGACAGACAGGCAGGCAGGCAGACAGACAGGCAGGCAAACACAGGCAGGCAAACACAGGCAGGCAAACACAGGCAGACAGACAGGCAGGCAGACAGGCAAACAGACAGGCAGGCAGGCAAACAGACAGACAGGCAGGCAAACAGACAGACAGGCAAACACAGGCAGACAGACAGGCAGGCAAACACAGGCAGACAGACAGACAGGCAAACACAGGCAGACAGACAGGCAGGCAAACACAGGCAGACAGACAGGUAGGCAAACACAGACAGGCAGACAGACAGGCAGGCAAACACAGGCAGACACACAGGCAGACAGACAGGCAGGCAGACAGGCAGGCAGGCAAACAGACAGACAGGCAGGCAAACAGACAGACAGGCAAACACAGGCAGACAGACAUGCAGGCAAACACAGGCAGACAGACAGACAGACAGGCAGGCAGACAGACAGACUAUCAAACUGUUCUGGUGGACAUCCCUGCGGCUCCCAUCUCAUCUCUGUGGUAUUGUGUUGUGUGA